CAAUGGCCGCCACGAAGUGGGAAUCCAAUAAGGAGAUUGAGUACUUUAGGGAGUAUCUUCGGAUUCCAAGUGUGCAUCCCGAUCCGGACUAUGAGCCUUGUGUUGACUUUCUAAAGCGUCAAGCAAAAGAUUUGGAUUUACCUAUACAAGUUAUCUAUCCUUUCAACGAACAAAAUCCUGUGGUGGUUUUGACAUGGGAGGGCCUUCAACCCGAAUUGCCCAGCAUCCUACUGAAUUCUCACAUGGACGUGGUUCCUGUUUUCCCGGAAAACUGGACCCAUCCACCGUUUGGGGCAGAGAUCGAUGAGGAUGGUCGAAUUUUCGCCAGAGGCACUCAGGACAUGAAAUGUGUGGGAGUGCAGUAUUUGGCAGCCAUCAGGGCCUUAAAAGCAAGCGGAUUGAGGUUUAAAAGAACCAUUCAUAUUUCCUUCGUGCCAGAUGAAGAACUAGGGGGCCGUAAAGGAAUGUUACACUUUGUUUCCAGCAAGGAAUUUAAGUCGCUUAACAUUGGAUUUUCUCUGGACGAGGGAAUCGCCUCUCCAACUUCUGAGUUUCCAGUUUUCUAUGCCGAACGAACCGUGAAACGUGUAAUAUUUAAAAUCAGUGGCUCAGCAGGACAUGGCCUGCUUUUAAUGCCAAACACUGCAGGCGAGAAAUUGAGCUACAUAACCCGAAAGAUGAUGGAGUUCCGGGAGGGACAAGUUAAACGGUUAAAAAAUAACCCAGAACUACAGAUCGGCGACGUGACCACCAUUAACUUGACCACUGUGGAUGGCGGAGUUCAGAGCAAUGUGGUGCCUCCUUUGCUGACCGCCUGUUUCGAUGUUAGAUUGUCUCAUAACAUAAAUGUUAUAGAAUUCGAGGCUCAAUUGGCCAAAUGGUGCGAAGAGGCUGGUGGAGAUAUCGAGCUUGAUUUCGGUUUAAUAAGAAGGAAAGAUCACACUCCACCCACAGUGACCAAUGAUUCAAAUCCAUUUUGGGUGGCUUUCAAAAGUGCCACAGAUGAACUGGGUCUUUCAACCAAACUUCAAGUGUUUCCCGGAGGCACUGACAGUCGUUAUCUACGAAAUGAGGGCAUUCCAGCUUUGGGAUUUUCUCCAAUUAAUAAUACUCCAGUGCUUCUGCACGACCAUGAUGAAUUUCUCCAUGCAGAGACCUACUUAAAAGGUGUGGAGAUAUACAAAAAAAUUAUUGGCAAUUUAGCCAACGUUUAAAGUUUAUAUUUGAAAAAUCGUUAACUAAAUAAAUGUUAUAUUUUGU